AGCUGCUGUCGGGGAAGGCCGUGGUCUGGGCAGCGGUCCGGGCGGUGGUCUGGUGGUCCGGCGGACGGUCGACGUGUGUUUUUUAGUGUGUUUUGUGUGUGUGGAGAGACGGCGUGAGACGAGGAGAAAGACGACGAGAGAGACGUGGAGAGACGGUGAGAGACGGUGUGAAAGACGGCGUAAGACGGUGUGAAAGACGGUGCUGUGAUUGUGUGAGACGAGAAACCGAAACAGAAGCGAAGCCAGAAGGAUAACGAAAACAGACGUGAGACGAAGACGGACACCAAGGAAAAGUGUUGACAGUGACGGAGACGGAAACAGAGAAAGAAUAAGGAGGCGUUGAUCGUGACGGAAACAACAGCGAUAAGACGGAAACGGAGCCAGUAGCUGAAGGGAUAUUGGUCUUUUUGGAGUGGUAGCGAAGGCAACGGGAGUGUCUAAAAAGACUAUCAGCAUCAGCUCCAUCUCCUGUGUAAAUCAGUGGUGUCAGUGUCUCACCUGUGACACAGCGGUGUCAAAUACAAGCUGUGUCAGUGUCAGAGCUUUGAAACAAACAUCAACGGUGUCAAAAGUCAACCCGUCGUGUUAGAAAUGGUCGCCUACGUUCGAGCAGUGAGCGAGCUGAGUUGAAUGCUAAGAAAUCACGUGGCACAGAGGAGCAUCAUGCGGCCAAGUCACGUGACCGUCCUGCUGAUAGUGGUAACAUCAUAUGUGGCAGCAGAUUUAGCAGAAGAAAUAGUCGACUUAUCUCAAUGUCGUGACUCGAAUCGACUCGGCAAGUCCCUCCAACAUGUCGAACCCCCGGCGAGUUGUCUCAGAAGGCCUGGAGGUACGGGUACUACGUGGUGUGACACGCCCGGCGCCGACUACCCCUGGCAGGCGAUUCGGGCAUAUCUACGCCGUUCCAGUGAUGACGUCACACGCCGUACCGGUCAACUCGAUCCCACGGACAUCGAAAAACUCCUCAACAAAUAUGGCGUCUCCAAAUCACCGAGCGUCGUCAAACGCCUCAGGCGCUCCGCUGACGUCACUAGUGAUGCCCGUGACGUCACUCGCCAACAGCUGGUGCGCGAGGCAGGCCGUGUGACGUCACGGGGCUCCGCGACGACGGUGACAGAAGCGACGAACUUUGAGUUGGAUGGGGAGCCAAAAGAUGGCAGCACCAGUGACAAACAUGGCGGAACGAAGACGAAGCGAAUAAACGACAAGAAUCUGACCGAGGAGGAUGAGUUGGUGCUUUUGUUGACGUAUUUUUCUAACCCGAACAGUAUUAUUUUCACUGAAAGCGUCCUGCAGGGUCUGAUGAUGAUGAGAGAGGCCUCUGAAGGCGACGAAGAACAGUGGAUUGAGAAAGAAGGGUCGGAGUCUGAGAUGAAAGUUCAGGGAGAGAGUGUGAUAAGCGAAACUCAGCAGGGCGACGACAAAGCCAGUGGGGAGCAUCUGACACAAGCUAGGCCAGGUGGAAUAGAAGGAGAUGUUGCACUAGAGGGAACGCCCGAAGUGCAAAACGCUACUUCGAACGAACAGCAUGGUGUUGAUCAGACACUUGAAUCAAAGGAAGAUUCAGUGAGUGAAAAUCUCGUCAACACUGAAACACUGGAACCCUACGAAAUCCCAUCUUUGACGCCCACCUCUACACCCGUGACCACUACUCAACAAGACUCGUCUCGUCAGCCAGACUCGUCAGCCACAUCUUCUUCCGACUCCCCAACCGCACCCUCUCCUUCAGCUGUUCUCUCGGCCGCUUCCCCUACCGUUUCGCCGCCUCCUUCCACUAUCCCAGCCACAUCGCUCUUCCCCGAUGUCCACAGUCGCCGCCCCUCUCCUCUACGACAUCCCAUCCACGCUGAAUCCCCUCCAUAUGGAGAUCUUCCGAUGGCAUCUUCCUCCUCAGACAUCUCUUCACCAGGCAUCCGCACUGGAGCACAAGUCUUGCAACAGAUACAAACUGGCGAAGACAUCCUCGCGGAGUUUUCUGAUCGCGAGACGUCAAGACCUUCAACCUCAGGAGGUGCUUCGCAAGAUAAGUGGUCUUGGAGUCAUCAGGGAAGCCACGUGAACUCGCAGACUCCUGAACAAGCUACAUGGGAUGAUGACACGUGGACUGAUGAUGCGCACACCUCCUGGGGGACGAAGACAGAUGGCCAUGACUCCUGGGGGGAUGAGCACUUCCCUCCGGAAGUCCAGUACUAUCGCCCAACAAGGCCUCCUCCCGUUGAGGCAGAUCCCGUUGAUGCUUUCCAGUGGGUGGAUUCCCCUACCCCAGAAUGGCGUCCUAUGCGACCUUCUCCUCAGGCCGAGUCUUUAGUGGUUCUCCCUCCAGAGAAGGGUGAUCAGAAGAAGGACAGACCAGAAAGGGUCCCUGUUAGAGGUGGUGGGAACUCGGGAGGUGACGGAGGCAUGUAUGAAGCUGAGCGGAUUGUCGUUGGCAGCAAAAGGCGACCGACGACAAGGAGACCAGAAACUGUCGCCAGCCUGGCGGAAGAAUUGGAGUUUAUCGAAGAAACCGUAUACACUGAGCCCAUCUACCGGCCGAACGGGGAAGCUGAAGUGUCACCGACGGCCGCCAUGACGCCGACGACGACAGAGGCGCCGAUGACGUCAUCAGGGACGACUGCGGACCCAUAUGUUAUGUCCGCCUGUGACGUAUCAGUGGAGGUGCGAUCACCCUACUACGCCAUGAACACGCAGAACGUGUGGAAGAUGCUGAUCAACAUCCCGCCGUUCGAGACCUACAUCCACAUGGAGCACUGUGUUGUGGAACACGAACAGGGACGCUGCGCGGCCGGCUGUCGCUGUACCCAACGUCACAGCAUUCGCACCAUGCCCGUAUACGUCCGGGAUUCAGACGGAUGUGAUCGAAUCUACAUGGAUAAGUUCCUGUUUCCGUCGCACUGUGAUUGUAUGUGUUUGCCGACGCAUCACGUGUUGUUUAAUUUGACGAGACCUGCGCCCACCACGCCAGUGAGGCCUAGUGGGGAAAAUGGUAGCUCAACGUUUACGCAAAAUGUGGGAGGUGGUAGCGUUGAAGCGGAAAGCACGAGCGAGUCGGUGUAUCCUAGUGGGGGUAGCGCAAACUACACGUUUCCACCACGGUACACAGAUGGCGCUAGUGCCGAGGCGUUAAAGGCAGCUGGAUUCGCGGCGAGAGUAGUUACAGCUGCGCCAACUUUGUCGCCAAGUUCCCGACGUGCGCCGGGAUCGUCUUUUCGCACUCCUCCACCAAGAAGACCAGUGGUACCAGCGGAUUCGUUAGUUCGUUCUCAUCGGAACAAGAACAGAGGCCCAGCGUUCUCGUUGCCAAUGCGCCAACGAACGUCUCAAAAUGGUGUGACGCGUCGUAAUGGUCGCGCUAAUGAUAUUCAGAGUGAGGAUGGCAUUGCGGAGCGAAUGCCGCCACCUCUGCCGAGACGUCAGAGGCUAUUGAAAUAAUGCUACAGUGUUUUACCUUCUUCCGAGGGCAAUGAUAAUUCAGAUUCGCUUGCUGACCGGGGAAAGCUAUUCAGCUUGGGGUCUAAGGGGCUUCUAGUCUCUAAAUGACGCUAAGUUAAUGCCGAACUGGAAAAUUUAAUUCCUCCCAAGUUUCUUAUUGGAAGUCCCAAUGGUCUGAACGAUAACCUAAUUAGGUACCAGGCGCCCGCUAUUUUCAAAAGAGCACGGACCUACCACCUACUGUCUCGCUGCGCCCAGCUUGCCAGCUUGAACCGAAGUCAAAUGCGUCGCAAAUAGAUGGGGUUGCUGUUCGCUCCUCUCGGGCCAAAUGCAGCCCUCAUGUCACUUGUCACGUGACAUGCUAUUUUCGAAUGCCUCAAAAUUGCACUCUUAUCCAAGUCCGAGUGUUAAAGUUUGAACCAAAUAAAGAGGUCUAAAAAACAUUGUUUCGUUGGCCCCUAACCCCUAGCAAACAAACAACAAAUAACUGGCUAAACACACAACCAUACGAUAUAGUUCGACUGACUUACAUAACCAUGCGACCAUACAUCGAGUGAACACAACCACGCGACAAUAAAAUCGAUUGACUUAGCAACAUUAUUAGGGACUGCAUAGGUCCUUGUAAAGAGAGUAUUGAGUAUUGCGAGAUGAUUCGCUUUUUGGAGGUCUGUGAGCUGUAUGAAGUAUGAACCGACACCGAACUUGUGUGUGGUAAUUGCUAACAGGUGUAAACCCACGAAUGACGUAUCCACUGCGUGGAAAAUUAUAGGCAUGUGACAGCCGAUCUUAAGUUGACAGUGUGUUCCGUGAAUGCUGCAAUUCAACGUUGCAAAUACUUCUGUGAAUGAAUGAGCAUAAUUUGCAUAACGAGUAGAAGCGGAUUUUAAUCAAGCAUCAGCCGUAGAUUUGUUCGUAAUGCGUCUUUACUUUGCGAAUAUAUUUGGGGCAGCUGUCUAUAACAUCCAAGCCGAUGUCCUUGUAAUAUUCUAGCGAGUGAUAUUUUCACAGUGCUUGCGCGGAAUGCGUCUUGAAAACUGUACGGAACAGGAAACCACCUGAGACCGAGUUAAAGCGUAGAAGUGUGUGGUAGCACUGCUGUACAGUGUUUGCCAUUGGUAAGGUGCGAAUAAGACCGCUGGCUGUUUGUAUAUAGCUGAAACUGCCUUGUUGAAGUGCCCACAUCGUGAUUAUUUAUCUCUCAUGCCUGUGCAGUGGUGUUCCUUCUCAAACAACGCCUUUGCGGAGGCGGUCUAAAUCGCUGCCACCAUGCUAUGAUGUAUUCGUUUCAUUCUCACUU